AUGGCGGGUGUUGUUCCAACCGAAAUGUCCGCCAAUAGUCCAAGACGUACCGCCCAAUUUGCACGCAAUGCUCAAGGAGGAGCAAAUACGGAAAUGAAGACCGGAAUCCUCCAACUUGUUUAUGCAAAUCCAUUCACCGGAAUGGAUCAUGAGGAUCCUUUCACACAUCUCACCAAAUUUUAUGAGAUUGCGGAAAAAUUUUUAGAACGAUAUUUUCCUCAAUCCCGAUUCAUGGAGGCCAAAACGGCAAUUGCGGUUUUCAAUCAAGGAAGCAACGAGUCUUUAAAUGAUGCUUGGGAAAGAUUCAAAUCCAUGCUUAGAAAAUGCAAGGGUCAUGGUUUUUAUGAUCUCACACAAAUUCACAUCUUCCGCAAUGGACUUCAACCGGUGCACAAAACGCUUUUGGAUGCUACCGCGGGUGGUUCUCUUAUGUCCAAAAGUGUGGAGGAAGCAAUCACUAUUAUCGAUCGAAUGGCACUCAAUGAUCGACAAAGUCAACAUGAUCGAAGUCCUUCACAAAGGAAACCGGGAGUUCUUGAAUUGAACACCAAUGAUGCCAUCGUUGCGCAAAACAAGCUUCUUUCACAUCAAGUGGAGUUACUCACCCAACAAAUAACCAAACUACCGCAGCAAAUGAAAGAGAUUCAAGGAUCUCAAACUAGGCACAAUGUGGCAGCUUGUGAACUUUGUAAUGGAGAUCAUCUGACUGGGUAUCAAAGGCAACCUCCACCUCACAACAAUCCUUACCAAAGAAACAACCAAGGAAUCCAACCUUCAAGAUUCGGCAAUCAACACUAUCAACAUCAAAGUCCUUAUCAAAGUUCAAACCCACAAGGCCAAGGUCAACAAUCUCAAGGUGGGAGCUCAAAAAUGGAAGACACUCUUAUACAAUUCAUGCAAGCAUCCAUGGCUAACCAAAGGAGCAAUGAAGCGGCCAUAAAGAAUUUAGAAAAUCAAGUGGGUCAACUUGCAAAGCAAUUGUCCGAGCAACAACCGGGAGCAUAUUUUUCCGCCAACACCCAAACCAAUCCAAAGGAGCAUUGCAAAGCCAUUGUUACAAGAAGUGGGAAAGAGGUGAAUAGUGGUGUAAAUGAAGAGGUUAUAGUGGAAGAUGAGGAGGAAGUAAUAGUUGAAGAUGAAGAGGAUGAAGUGAUAGUUGAAAAUGAGGGAGAAAAGAGUGAGGAGAGAGUGGAGGAAGAAAUAGUGGAAAAAGAGCAAGAAGAAAAAGAAGAAAGAGAGAAAAAUGACAAAAAAGUGAAGAGGAAUAAAAAGAGAAAUGAGAAUAUGCUCACAAAGAAAAAUAAGUGCACGGAUAAAGAGACAGUUGUGCUUGAUGCUCAUUGUAGUGCAAUUAUUAAAAAAACUCUCCCAAGAAAGGAAGCCGAUCCGGGACAAGUCAUUUUACCGAUCACCAUUGGAGGUAACUACAUUAGUAAUGGUUUGGUUGAUUUGGGGUCUAGCAUCAAUUUAAUACCUUUAUCCGUUGUCAAGAGAUUGGGGAACAUUGAGAUGAAACACACCAGGAUAACUUUACAACUAGCCGAUAAGUCUAUCAUUUCACCAUAUGGAGUUGUACAAGACAUGCUGGUAAAGGUGGACAAAUUUUUGUUCCCGGUUGAUUUUGUGGUAGUCGACAUGGAGGAGGAUCAUGAUGUGCCAUUAAUACUUGGAAGACCAUUCAUGAAGACCACCCGAAUGAUGAUUGAUAUAGAUGAUGGGAUUAUGAAAGUAAGGGUACAAGAUAAAGAGGUAAUUUUUACUCUUUUUGAGUCUAUGAAGCCUCCUAAGGAUGAACAUGACAACUUCCGAGUUGAUGAUGAAAAAGGAGAAAUCAUUGAGGUGGAUAAUCAAUUUCACAAGGACAAGGACAAGGUAAAUCAUGAGGGGAAGACUCAUCACAAAAACUUUAAAGUUGGACAAAUGGUGCUUGUGUGCAAUUCAAGACUCAAGGUGUUUCCUAGCAAGUUAAAUUCAAAGUGGUCGGGGCCAUUUGUUGUGAAAGAGGUGCGAAAUUAUGGAUCCAUUGUGGUGGAGGACCCUAAAACACAAGAAAGCUGGACUGUAAAGGAACAAAGACUCAAAGGCUACCACGAUGGAUAA